AUGGCAUUCCGCACUCAGAUGCCAGAAAUACAGCCAGAAGCCGACGAAGUUCUGGUCGGACAUUAUGUACCUCUUUUUGUCGACUUCUCAUCCGAAGCCGACGAGAUUCAGGCCUUGCUCUCAAAAAUCGCGCGGUUGGAGGCCGCCCUUGCAGAGAGCAAGAGUUUAAACGAGCAGCUGCGUGUGGACAACAGCGUACUUGAGGGGUCUGUCAGGCGAGGUGCAGCGGUUGUUGAAACCAUGGUCUCGGGAAUGAAGGCUCUCGAGGCGCAGCUUGAGGAAGUAAAGCCACAUAAGACAGUUUAUUUAUAA